AUGGCCAGAUUCUUACAGCCCCUGCUGUUCCUGGUGCUCACAAUGGGCCUUGUGUCUAGAAGAGUCCAAGCCUGGGGCUCACCUAAGAUUGUGAGACCAUUCGAAGACAUCCCCAAAAACUAUGUCUAUGUGCAGCAAGCAAUCUGGUAUGCCAUGAAAGAGUAUAACAAGGCCAGCAGGGACCAGUACAGCUUCAGGGUGGUGGACAUUCUAAAAUCUCAAGAGCAGCUUACAGACAGUCUGGAGUACUAUCUUGAAGUAAAAAUUGCCCGAACAAUGUGCAAGAAAACUUUAGGGGACAACGAAAACUGCUUGUUUCAGCAUGAUCCUAAAAUGAAAAAGAACGUGUUUUGCAUCUUUAUUGUUAGAUCCAAACCAUGGAAGUUUGAACUUAAAAUGCUGAAGAAGCAAUGCAAAGAUAUCUAA